AUGCUUCGCCAGGCGUUUCAUGGCGCUCGAUGGUAUGUGGCUCAUGGCCGCCCGUCGGUUCGAGCCUUUUCCGCCAAUACUCCGCGCCGUCUCGACUAUGGCGGACCAAACGACAAAGUGACAUUCUACGAACAGGAUGCGCCGGGGAGCAAGAAACGAAGAAAGAUCGAUCCCGAGGCCGAGGACAAUGAAGAGCGAAAGGGAGUCGAGGAUGAGCUUGCGAAGCUCCGGGACGAACUAAAGGUCUUGGAGGAGGGCCCGUUCAGCCCCAACAGUCCCUUCAUCAGAAGUUUGCCAGAGGCGGAUCGCAAGAUCGCCCUGGAAGCUCUAGAAAAAUAUGAAAGGGAGCAGGGCGAGCGGGGGCCUCAGCCAUCUCUGGAUGAGGUCUUCGACGAGGAACUCGACGAGAUGCUGAAGGAGGAGUUUGAGGGUCUCGCGUUGGAGCAAGAAAACCCGCAAAAGGCCGCCAAACGAGACCGACAACUGUCCCCGAAAUCAAAAGAAACUGGACUGGAGGACGACGAGUUUCAUCCAUACAUCAAAAGAUUUCACGACUGCGUGAUCAAUUUCAAGACGAACAGCGAGGACGAGCGGACAAAACAUGAGCUAUGGAGAUGGUACCGGCGAUGCAAGCAGGUUAUCCCCGAAUUUCUGGAAUCGAUGCCGCAAGAGACUCGACAAAUAAUGUGGGAGUCACAAAACACCGCACACUUGACGAGCACUACACGAUCAACACAUCUGCAGACGCUCAUUGAAGACGCCAAGUCUGUUAAUCAACUCUUCCCGACGCCCCAGAUCCUCACUUAUAUUACUGCUUUGCAUGAUAGCGGAUCGACCAAUAAGGCAUUGGAGCAAUGGGAGGCAUAUCAAGCCGAACUGUCCCAAAGCAAGGAGGACUUAGAACCAUACUGGAUGCUUGGAGUGCGACUCUUUGCAGCUGGGAACAAUCCCCAACGAGCUCAGGAUAUUGCUUUGGCUUUUCUCACAAACGAUCGAUCCCGUCAACCCCGAGUCCUCAUCCCUGUUAUCACCGCAUGGGGCAGAUUACCUGGGAAAGAAGCGGAGGUCAAGGCGUGGGCUUUAUACCUCCAGCUGAAGACCUUCUUGGGAUCAGAAAUGGGCAUGGGGGACUACGAUCAGAUCAGCAUUGGUCUCCUCACGGCCGGCCGUUUGGAUACGGCAGUUGCCGUCUUCAAAGACAUGAUGGUGACGGGGCAGGACCCGGCAAAGGACUCUACAGCUUUAUACAAGGCUGCUCUCGGCCUGGCAGGCAAUCUCCAUGCGUCGAGCAUCAAUGAAGAGGCCGUGAAUAAAGUCUCGCUCUCCGCGCUGACAGUGUUACCGCGGCAGUUCCAGAAUCGGUUUUUCUACGCGAGCUGGAUGAAAAAGCUCAUCGGAAUGGGCGAGGUCGACUCAGCUGCGCUAGUCAUCGAGUUGAUGUAUGAGCGAGGUGUGAAGCCCGACAGCAAGCAUAUUAAUGGAGUCAUUGCCGGCUGGCUCCGCGAUGGCAGCGCUGGUGCGCGGGACAAGGCCGAGCGGCUUGGCUGGUCCAUGAUCCAGCGUCGAAUCGAUGCAGCAUGGAAGAAAUUCCAGCCGACCAAAGCUAUUCCUCAGCUUGGCUUCAACCAGGACACGAUCGAUCCUGCUCGCAUACCGAAGUUCAUGCAGCGCGAAGUUCCUCAAGCCAGCAUCGAAACAUUUUCCAUUCUCCUUCUGCAUUAUACGCGCCGAGGCGACGACGGCAUGAUCAAAUACCUAGUCAAGAGCCUCGGAGAUGCACAAAUCCAGCCUAAUUCCUACUUCAUGAAUCACCUCCUGUACGCGGAACUGCGAAAACAAGACAUCAAAUCCCUCUGGACGAAAUUCCAGACGAUGUCUCAAACAGUGCGUCCAGAUCUGGAAACAUACGCCUGCCUCUGGGACUGCGCCAAAAUCCAAUACGACCAUGGCCGCACCGCCUAUGACUCUGGCUUCCCGUCUGCGCGCCAGCUGUUCGCAGGCAUGACACGCUGGUACGCACAGCUUUCACCACGCAGCCGCAAGACCGCCCAAUCCGAGUUCUCCAAAGGUCUAUAUGACCAAAUCGUCCGCUGUUUUUGUUUGUCGAAGGAUGUUUCCGGGACGCUAGUCGCGCUGCAUGCCAUGCGAGCAGUCUUCGGCUUUGCCCCAGACGACACAACCGCCCGCUUGAUCGUCCUCCAAGUCGCACGCCUGGCCGGUGUCCCCGCCGAUACACCCAAACGCCGCCUCCGCCGACUAUCAAGCACCCCGCGCAACAAAGAAAGCAUCGCUCAGGUGAACCAGCUCCUCGAGAUCCUGGGCGACCGCAAAGCCGCGGCCUUGCAAGUGCAGGGUCUAAGCCCGGACCAGUUGGACCCCCAUGAGAGACAGCAGUACCAGCUCGAAAUCAUGGUCAGUCUCCUGCGAAUUGUGCUCAGCCGCAGCGACGGGCUAGACCCAGUGGGCGUCGAAGAAAAGCUUGCCAACGCCGCGGCGGAGAUGCAGGUUGGGGGUCUGGACCUUGGGCCGCCUCCGGGUGUUGAAGAUAGCCAGCUACUACUAUAG